AUGUUUAGAUCACAAGAAAUGAGUUACUUUUAGUUAAUCAUGCCCCAGGACAGUGCAUGGACUAUCAUGGAUUAAUUGGGAUACCUCAGUAAAGUAGAAAUCAUUGACCAUAAUCCUAAUGAAGCUCUAAUCAAUAGGCCAUUUGCCAAUUAUGUCAAAAGGUACAUUGUUUUUAAUAAAAUACCAAGAUGCGAUGAUUUAAUAGUGAAAAUAGAGAAUAUGCUAUAAGUAGCGAAGAAUUUAAAUUUGCUGUCAAAUUACAAGAAAGGAAAUUUGAAAUAGUUUACCAAUCAAGUAUUCCAUAUUAUAUAAUUAUUGUUUAUAGCAAAAUUCACACAGUCAUACCUACCUUGACAAGAUUGAAGAUGACAUCAACAAAAAAACUUCAUCUUUUCAAGAAUAAAAUAAGCAUCUUGAAUAACUUAUAGAUUAGUCUGAAUACAUUCAAAAUUACAUAGAAAUUUUAAAAGAGAGUAGAACCUAUUUGGGGGAACAAAUAUUUCAAAACCAAUAAAUCUCAAAAUUUGAAUGCUAUGUUGGCAUACUUAAAAAUUUGGAAUAACUAUAGUAUAUAUGUGUACUAGAAUAGAUUUCAUCGUGUAAUAUUUAGAGUAACAAAAGGAAAUUCUAUGGUGCAUUUAAAAAGAAUGAAUGAGAAACAAUCAAUUUUCAUUGUUUUAUUCCCAAACAUAGGAAACUAUGGAAAAUAAAAAAUAUAAAAGAUUGUGGAAUAAGUAUCUCAAGGAAAGUUUACUUUACCUUAGAGUCACUAGGAAUUUGAAAAAAAGUUAAAUGAAUUGCAAAUGAAACAAGCUGAAUAUAUUAAUGUAAUAAACAAUACAGAAUAUAGCUUAUAUAAAUGACUCAGAAUUAGCUGUGUUAAUGCAUAUCAAAUAUGUUAGUUCUCAGAAAUGGAUUACCACUUAUAGAAUUUUAUAAGUUUUACUUAAUUAAAGAAAAGGAUCUCUAUAAAGAACUGAAUAAACUUAAAAUGCAAGGAAGACUAUUCCUAGGCGAAUUAUGGGUGCCCACAAAAGAUAUUUACCAAUUAGAGCAAACUUUAUAAAUGAUAAAAGAACAACAAACCAAUAAUCCUGGAGGUUAAUUAGCAUAAAAGUGUCCACCUGAUUUCCUUUAAAAACCUACUUAUUUCAAGUUAAAUGAGUUCACUUCCAUUUUUUAAGAGAUAGUCAAUACAUAUGGGAUUCCAAGAUAUCAAGAGAUUAAUCCUGCAAUAGUAACAAUAAUUACUUUUCCAUUUUUAUUUGGAGUGAUGUUCGGAGAUAUAGGUCAUGGAUUUGCCUUAUUCAUGUUUGGAUCUUAUUUGUGUUUGUUUAAGAAUAAAUCAUUCUAUAAUUUAAGAUAUCUGAUCCUAUUGAUGGGUGCAUUUAGCUUUUAUUCAGGAUUAAUAUAUAAUGAUUAUUUGAGUUUAUCUUUGAAUUUAUUCUAAACAUGCUACAGAUCAGAGGAGGAAUGUGUAUAUCCUUUUGGAAUUGAUCCAAUGUGGGGAGGCCAUUUAGAAUUCAAUGACUCAUUUAAAAUGAAGCUAAGCAUCAUAAUAGCAUUUUGCCAUAUGUUGUUAGGAAUUUCAUUGAGUGGUUUAAAUUAUCUAUUUUUGGGGGAUUGGCUAAAAUUAUCAUGUAAAUUCCUACCAUAAUUACUAUUUUUGGUCUGUACAAUUGGGUAUAUGGUAUUUUUGAUCAUAUACAAAUGGUUGAAUCAUUUUGAACCUUAAAAUGCGCCAAGCAUUAUAACAACUAUGAUAUCAAUGAUUUUGAACUUAGGGAGAAUAUCAGGUCCUCAAAUGUGGGAGGGAGACUCUCAAGACUACAUUUAAUAUUGUCUCUUAUGUAUAUUUUUGUAUAGCAUUUAGUAAUGACAAUCAUCACAAUACCUUGGAUGUGGUUUCCAUCAAUUAUUAGUCACUUGCUAUAAUAGGGAGGUUAUCAAUAAAACGAAGGUAAACGUAAGACUCACAGAAUAGAUUACGGAUAAUUGGUAGAAGAACCAGGGAUUGAAAUGACAUAAACUCAUUCUUAUAGUCAUGAAUAGAUCGAUACAAAAUACAGUUAACCAAAUGCAGAAAUGCAAGAAUCAACAAUCUUCAUUAAAUAAAAGAAUGCAUCACAUCAAGGAUUCUAAGAUCUGAUUGUUCACGAAACAAUUGAGACAUUGGAGUAUGUCCUUGGAGUAAUAUCGAAUACGGCAAGCUAUCUAAGGUUAUGGGCAUUGAGCUUGGCUCAUUCAUAACUAUCAGAAGUUUUCUUUGAAUUGUUGUUAGUUCAACCAAUAAAUCAUGGAUAGCCAAUUAGUUUAAUGAUCGGGUUUCCAUUCUGGGCCUUGAUAACCUUUGGAGUUUUGAUGUGCAUGGAUAGUAUGGAAUGUUUUUUGCAUUCCUUAAGAUUACAUUGGUACAGAUGACUAAUUACAAUAUAGGGUGGAGUUCUAGAAUAAGUUUUACAAGGGGGAUGGGGUCUAGUUUAAGGUGUUUUCCUUUAGAGAUAGAAUCAAAGAAAGCAUCAAUUUAGAAUCUUAGUGAAGGAUUAGAG